AGGAGGUUGUUGUGGCGACGACGCGGGUGGAGACCAUGCUGGGGGACACGGCCGUGGCGGUGCAUCCUCAGGAUCCCCGCUACCAGCAUCUCCAUGGGAAGUGCGUCCUGCACCCCUUCACUGGGCGGCGCAUGCCCAUCGUCUGCGACGACUUCGUGGACAUGGGCUUUGGGACUGGCGCAGUGAAGAUCACCCCGGCCCACGACCACAACGACUAUGAGGUGGGGCAGCGCCACGGCCUGGACUGCGUCACCAUUAUCGACGACAGCGGGUGCCUCAUCAACGUGCCUCCCCCCUUCCUGGGUAUGAAGCGGUUCGAGGCCCGGGGGGCUGUGCUCGAGGCCCUGAAGCAGAAGGGGCUGUUCAAGGAAGUCAAGGACAACCCCAUGGUGGUGCCGGUGUGCAGCCGCUCGAAGGACGUGGUGGAGCCGCUGCUGAAGCCGCAGUGGUACGUGCGCUGCGAGGGGCUGGCUCGGGGGGCGGCCGACGCUGUGCGCCGCGGGGACCUGCGCAUCCUGCCCCCCUUCCACUGCAAGACCUGGUUCCAGUGGAUGGACAAUAUCAGGGACUGGUGCAUCUCCCGGCAGCUGUGGUGGGGCCACCGCAUCCCAGCCUACUUCGUCACCAUCGACGACCCCUCGGUGCCCCCAGGAGAGGACACGGACGGCCGAUACUGGGUGAGCGGGCGGAGCGAAGAGGAGGCCAAGGACAAAGCGGCCAAGGCCUUUGGGGUGACCACGGACAAGAUCUCGCUACGGCAAGACGACGACGUCCUGGACACCUGGUUCUCCUCCGGCCUCUUCCCGUUCUCCAUCUUCGGCUGGCCCAACGCCAGCGAAGACCUGAAGGUUUUCUACCCGGGGACCCUGCUGGAGACGGGCCACGACAUCCUCUUCUUCUGGGUGGCGCGCAUGGUCAUGCUGGGGUUGAAGCUGACGGGCAAGCUGCCCUUCCGCGAGGUUUACCUUCACGCCGUUGUCCGGGACGCCCACGGCAGGAAAAUGAGCAAGUCGUUAGGCAACGUCAUCGACCCGCUGGAUGUGAUCAGUGGGAUCACGCUGGAGGGUUUGCACGCGCAGCUCCUGGAGAGCAACCUGGAGCCGGCCGAGGUGGAGCGAGCCAAGCAGGGCCAGAAAAGCGAUUACCCCGCCGGGAUCCCAGAGUGCGGCACGGACGCCCUGCGCUUCGCCCUCUGCGCGUACACCUCCCAGGGCCGCGACAUCAACCUGGACGUGAAUCGCAUCCUGGGCUACCGGCACUUCUGCAACAAGCUCUGGAACGCCACCAAAUUCGCCGUCCGCGGCCUGGGGGCCGAGUUCCAGCCCCCGCCGGGACCGGAGCCCAGCGGCGCCGAGAGCCUGAUCGACCGCUGGAUCCUGAGCCGGCUCAGCCUGGCCGUGGAGCUGAGCGACGCCGGGUUCCGGGCCUACGACUUCCCGGCCGUCACCACGGCCGUCUACAACUUCUGGCUCUACGAGCUCUGCGACGUCUACCUGGAGUGCCUGAAGCCCGUGUUCGCCGAGGGGGGGGCGGCUGCGGUGACGGCCGCCCGCUGCACCCUCUACACCUGCCUGGACGUCGGCCUGAGGCUCCUCUCCCCCUUCAUGCCCUUCGUCAGCGAGGAGCUGUUCCAGCGCCUGCCCCGCCGCGCCCCCCACGCCCCCCCCAGCAUCUGCGUCACCCCCUACCCCAGCCCCGAGCAGUUCUGCUGGCGGGACUGGGGGCUGGAGGGCACAGUCGAGUUCUCGCUGGGCAUCGUCCGCGCCGUGCGCUCCCUGCGGGCCGACUACAACCUCACCCGGACCAGAGCCGACUGUUUCCUGCAGUGCCUGGACUCGGGCGCGGCCGACGCCGCCAGCCGCUGCUCCGCCUACAUCCGCAGCCUCUCCUCCUCUGGCCUGGUGCGGGUGCUGGGCCCGGGCGAGGCGCCCCCUGCUGGCUGCGCCGUGGCCGUCGCCUCCGACAAGUGCACCGUCCACCUGCUGCUCAAGGGUCUGAUCGACGCGGAGAAGGAGAUCUCCAAGCUGGCCGGGAAGCAGGGUGAGCUGCAGAAGCAGAUCGAGCGGCUGCGGGAGCGGAUGGGAACCCCCGAUUACGGCACCAAGGUGCCCCCCAAGGUCCAGGAGGCCGACGCUGCCAAGCUGCAGCAGAGCCGGACCGAGCUGCAGAAGGUGACGGAGGCGGUGGAGACUUUCCAGAGGAUGAUCUGAGACGGACGGACCCCGCGGCUCCUCCCCCCUGCUGGGGGGCGGCUCAAUCGCCCCCCCUGCUGUUCUCUGAU